AUGAGUUCCUAUUUUGUGAAUCCCACUUUCCCCGGGAGCCUGCCCAGCGGCCAGGACUCCUUCUUGGGCCAGCUGCCCCUCUACCCGGCCGGCUAUGACGCGCUGAGGCCCUUCCCGGCCUCCUACGGGGCGUCGAGCCUCCCGGACAAGACGUACACCUCACCUUGUUUCUACCAACAGUCCAACUCGGUCCUGGCCUGCAACCGGGCGUCCUACGAGUACGGGGCCUCGUGUUUCUAUUCUGAUAAGGACCUCAGUGGCGCCUCGCCCUCGGGCAGUGGCAAGCAGAGGGGCCCCGGGGACUACCUGCACUUUUCUCCCGAGCAGCAGUACAAACCCGACAGCAGCAGCGUGCCGGGCAAAGCCCUCCAUGACGAAGGCACCGACCGGAAGUACACGAGCCCUGUUUACCCCUGGAUGCAGCGGAUGAACUCCUGCGCGGGUGCUGUGUAUGGCAGUCACGGGCGCCGAGGCCGCCAGACCUACACGCGCUACCAGACGCUGGAGCUGGAGAAGGAGUUCCACUUCAACCGCUACCUGACGCGGCGCCGCCGCAUCGAGAUCGCCAACGCGCUCUGCCUCACCGAGCGCCAGAUCAAGAUCUGGUUCCAGAACCGCCGCAUGAAGUGGAAAAAGGAAAAUAAACUCAUCAACUCCACACAGCCCAGCGGGGAGGAGGCUGAGGCAAAGGCGGGCGAGUAGACGCCUGGGCAGGAACCAGGCCAGCGCCGCAACCUCCCUCGGCUUUGCCCCCUUGCCUUCGCCCGC